ACAGAAGCUAGUUCCGUAUUCUGUACUACUUUGCCACACAUCAUCCACUCGCCGUUACCAGCAUAAGGUUACCAAAUCGUGAAUUUACAUCUAAUUCUCAUGACCAUGGCUUCGUGAUAACUGGAAGGUAGGCGAAGGGAUGCGGUUUUAUUACAAGUAGCCACCGAGCAGCAGAUGCGAUUGCGUAUCAUUUUCACAAGCUCCUUGUGACCAUCUGUGUUAGAAGUUAAAAUGAAGUGCCCACUGUGUUGUCUGGAAGAGAAUGCGUUUUCCGUGAGGUGAAGACAGGCUUGCAAUGAGGCGGACGCAGGGGGAAGUCGAGCAGCGUGGGGUUGUGCAGACGCUCCUGUGAACCCUGUCCCACGCCCCCUCCCCCCCUGCACCCACCAUCACCCCUCUCCUCUCGUUCCGUCUGCCCUUCCCCUUACCAUCUUCCCCUCCUCUGCCGGGGCUGAAAAUGGCUGCACAGAGGAAGCACCUGGUCAAAGAUUUUAACCAUUUCAUCACCUGCUACGUGUGCAAGGGAUACCUGAUCAAGCCUACCACAGUGACAGAGUGCCUCCAUACGUUUUGUAAAAGCUGCAUCGUCCAACACUUUGAAGACAGCAACGACUGCCCCAAAUGCGGCAUCCAAGUCCAUGAAACAAACCCUCUGGAAAUGUUACGGUUGGAUAACACCUUGGAAGAAAUAAUUUUCAAACUUGUGCCUGGACUCAGGGAAAGGGAGGAACAACAGGAGAUCGAAUUCUGGAAGAAGAACAAGUCAAAAGAGAAUGGUGAUGAAGAUGGCCCCAGGUCCAAGAAGCCCAGGAUGGAUGAUGACGAUGAGGAAGGUGGAGACCAGGACUACCACAGGAGCGACCCCCAGAUAGCCAUCUGCCUGGACUGCCUCCGUAACAACGGGCAGAUGGGGGAGAACAUCGUGAAGGGCUUAAUGAAGAAAUUUAUACGCUGCUCGACUCGGGUGACCGUCGGAACAAUUAAGAAGUUUCUUAGUUUGAAGUUAAAGCUUCCAAGUUCUUACGAGCUGGAUGUUCUAUGCAACGGAGAGAUCAUGGGGAAGGACCACACCAUGGAAUUCAUCUACAUGACCAGGUGGAGACUCCGGGGUGAAAAUGCUUAUCCCAUGGUGCUGGAGUAUCGGCCGCGAAUUGACUUUGGUUAAGCGGGGACAGGCCCAAGCAGGAGACUCCUGCUGAAACUCCAACCCAUCGACAGAUCGCACAAUGAAUGGACCUGCCUGGCAAAGGGGAGACAAACAUCUUCUUCCAGUUCUCCUCAGAUCCACAUCUGCAUGCAGUCACGACUCCUUUUUGGCCUUAUCUUCAUUUUUAUUUGUGUUCUUUAAUAGUCACGCAUUUCUCCUCUCUUCUUCCCUACUCUAUCUUUCUCUCUCUCACACACUCUCUCUUGCUCUCUCUCUCUCUCUACCAUCCCACAAAUACACAAGGUAGUUGUUUGGGGACACACUUUGAGUGAUGUGAGUUCUUUUUAAGUGAUGUGACUGCAGCCUAUGAGUCCACAACAGUCCUUACUGAUCCGAAGGGAGAGAGACUUCCAGGGCACAGAAUGGUGUGGGUGUCAGAUCACCUCCAGUGGAGUUUCUUCCAUAGUGUGUGAUCCAUGCUGUGGAAUCUGGGGAUGGAGGACUCCGAAGGCAAUGGCUCAAAAUGUGUCCUUGUUUGUCAGGAGUAUUGAGUUAGUAGUGCUUCAGAUCCCUGAAAUUAAUUCCUUUCACAAUUUGUGAAAGUCUGAUAGAUUCAGUUCCAAUGAAGUUGACUCUUAAAGGUACAGCAGUGCACAAGGUUAAAUGGUUGCACUCUUAACCACUACUUUGAAUCAUUUUUCCUGUGAGAUGUUUUAUAAUGUUACCAUAUGACAACAAGUGCAGGUGUUCUGCCCCAUACGUUGAGUAAAGCCUGCAUGAAAAUUGAGACUAUGUUUCAGAUUUACGGUAAAAGGGUAUUUUAAAGGUAUAAAACUGGGAAUACUAAAGACACAUGUUUCUCUAAUUAUACCUAUGUCCAAAGGAAAAUGCACUCCCAUUUUCAUUUAUUAUAAUGAAUAUAAAAACGUCUACCCAACCUCUGGAACAAUGAACAGUCUUACUCAAGGAAAAGGGACCAGUAACAUUAGACCUGGGCAGGCUGUGUUGGACCUCAAGACUGAAUCCGUCGGUGUACGUUAAAACACUUGCGGUGGUAUAGUAACAGUCUCUUAGUGGAGGCCUUUCCCAGCAUGCCUCUGAAGUGCAAUGCUGCACGUGAUGGACGAUUGAGCAGUGCCACAAGCCUCAUUCUCUACCAUCUUUGACUCUGUAGAUAACUCGACAAGUAUUGCACCGGUUUACGCACACAUAGCAUGUCAUUGGUACAUUGGUAAGAAAAAGGGUAUGAGGAGUUUGCUGUGACGUGGGGAACCAGUUCUGUCUGUUUGUAACGCCUCUUUUGUACAAGGUUUGAUUUUUAUACAUGUUCUUGUAGUCAUUCUCAAUGCAAUGGAAGUCAAGUAAGCAACACUGAAGUAAGUUUUUUUUUUUUUUUUUUUUUUUAAGAAAAAAUAAAACAAAACAAAAAACAAGGAAGCUGUCCCAGAUGUUGGCAAUGGCAAAUUCCCUGUACAUGUAUGUUUGCCAAAUGGGACUUUUUUUAAAGGUUUACUUGUAGAUGCUGGAGAUUUGUACAAACUCUGUUUCGUUCCGCUGUUUUGACGAUCCAACUAACUCCUCUCCCCACUCAAGGUGCAGUAUUCCAGCUGCCACCAUGUCCUCCCCCCCCCCCCCGACUCACGGUGAUUCUCGCAGUAUCUGGCAGCUCGGCCUGUUUAAUGUAAUGGCGAAGGAUAAACGGAUGCAGUAAUGCUUGCGUUGUAUUUUUAUUCUUCCCAUUGCCGCGUGAGUCAUCCAGCCUGGCCUCUUCCGCGAGACAGGUUUUAAUCAUGGCAUGACCAGUAAGAGGGCCGUCUCCCUUUCUGACUGACGGGGGGGUGCUGGAGUUACCGGCAGGCUCACGUCAGACGUCAGACGUACCUCUGGCAGACAAAGGCCUCCCAGAAACCUGCUGCCCCACAAAGCCACAGUUCUGACAUCCCAGAAUGUUGCCUAAAUACGGAAACGCUACAUUGAUGGUAAUUAUGCAUUUGUGACGGCUUGACUCACUCUCUGGCAAGGACAAGCCAGUGUUCAGAGAGCAGUGGUUCUCUCCUCCCCAGCCAGACUGCAAUAUGAUUACCCAGGCGGCUUCUCCUGACAAUCUCUUGAACUGGUAAUAGCUUUUUUGGCACUAGGCAGAGGAAUAUUGAUGGGUUUUAGUCAGAUAGAUCUGAAUGCGAAACUCACGUUUUUUCACGGACAGUAUCCCUUGCCAUCUGAGAACGUCGGCAGCAAGGGUGACCUACAUUUGCUUAGAUUUCGUCAGAUGCCUGUUAUUAAUUAACCUCUUCUCUGUCUUCAAAGUAUUUUUAAAGCGAUACCCCUGUUUUGUUUUUACUCCCACUCUGAUUGUAUAGCUAUGGAAAGGUUCACUAUGUUAUUUUAAAUAUAUUCAUAUCGGUGUAUAAUUUCAAUGACUAUGUUGAAUAUUUCCAGUGACAUAUGGGUAAAUACAUUAUUUAAGAAUUAUCGAGGAGACUAAGUUGGUUUUUAAAGUUGAGACAUAUGAAGGGAAUUUUCAGGGUAAGGUGCAGUAGUGAAUCAUAUUUACUUGCAGGAUCAGGAUUCUGUAGAGGCGUAGCCGCCUUUCUGUGGCUGAACUUAAUUAAGGGCACAGAAUUAGGACAAGCAUUUUUCAUCAUGUUUUCUUUCAGGAAGGAGAAAACAGAUACCAUGUCUCAAAACGUCUACCUUGAAUCACUCCAACAUUGUUCAGUAAAAGAAAGAAAGAAGCAGAAAGAGUCGGUGAUUGAGGGAGGGCAAAGAAAUGAAUUGUCUUUACUGCAUUUGUCUUCAAAUGCUGUUUCCGUUUAUAAUUUGAUUGAAAUUCCUUGAUGCAUUCGACAAAUAUAUUUAUAACCUUCCAUAUGCCAGCUUGGAUUUCGUCUGUAUUUGUGCAAACAAAUAUGCAGUUGCUUUGCGAAGUGUGUGUGGCCAUACUUGCAGCCAGUAAGCACCUGUGGAAACAGUGUCAGGGGGAUGUAAUGAAAUGGCUUGUACAGACGUCUUUACAAAUCUCCACUACUACAGCCGUUCACGUGUUACUUAGAAAGUACAACUUCAUUUGACAUUGUUCUUGUCACUCAUUCCUUUACAACAGAGCCUAAGAAACUGUAUGUCAGCUUCUUCUAAUAAUCUUUUCACACUUGUGCUUUUUCUUGUUUAAGGUGUCUUUGAAUAGUGUUUAUAAAACUACUCUGAAACCCCACGGUGGUUUAAUUGUUAGCUGAGAAAAAAUGUUUAGACUGAAUAAUCCUUGAAAUGUCCUCGUUCUGCGUUAAACAAUAUGAUGUAUUUUUGUAAUGAGAAGCACUUGUAGAUAUUUUAUCUUUAAAUUAAACUGUAUGUGUAUGUUUUCCAAACAUAAAUGCUGCUUAGAAUAAUCUAUUCUAUUUUUCAAUGUAAAUGUGCCUGAACUGCAUUCCUAUAGAGAUUAGAAAUGUAUAUAUGCAAGAGUUGUUCUAUAUGUGACUUGACAUUAUUAAAAAAGGAGAAAAAGCCUCA